UUGCCAGUACGUUCGCGUGCUUUGCAUACUUUGGUUGCGUUUCAUUUUUUUACGGCUGUUGCUGCUGCUGAGCGCGCGCGAAAAACAAAAUACAAAAAAAACUCUCAACGAAAACACUCACGUGCACAUUUUCCAAGUUUUUGGUUGCUUUAUUUUCGAUUUUCGAUUUUCCAUUUGCCAAUUUCGAUUUUCCAUUUCGGGCAUUUCGAGCAUUUCGGGCAUUUGUGCAAUUUUCAAUUGUCGCGACCUUUUGCUGAAUUUUCGUUCGCUUCGUUGCGACCGGCUUUUUGCCAAAUUGCGUGAUUUGUGCGCCAUUUUGUGGCGCCACGUUGUUUUCCGCCGGUGUUUUUCGCCACUUUUUCGCGCCAUUUUUGUUGCAGCUAUCUAAGCUAUCAGCCACGAAAAUUACAUGGCAUAAUUGUGUCAAGUGAAGCGGACUCUCAUUGUGUGGCAUGUGUGGCAUGUUUAGCCUGCAGCUUGACAUUUAGUACAACAACAAUUACAAUUACAACUACAACUACAACGAAAACAACUACAACGACAACAAGUGGCACACCCGAUUAUGUCUUAAUGGGCGCUCUAAGCUCCGCAUGAACUCAUACAAAUUUAGUGGCGAAACAUUUGGCUAUUCUGUUUACGACUAAAGCAAAAGCUGCGUUUAACUGCCGCAAGGAUUAAGUGGCACUUCAACAACGAACGCUACAAACGCUCUACAACACUCCAACACUCCAACACUAUAGCACUACACAACACAACACAACACUCAACCAUAGUGCGGCAUUGCAGCUGUUGCAACUGGGAUAAAGUUAAAGUUAGUUGGCCAAUUAUCUCCUAACUUAAAUUUCUCCGCGUUGCUAUGAAGGCAACGGCCAACAGCAGCAGCAGCAGCAGCGCCGCCAGCAGCAGCAACCACUUGGAGCCACUGGCGGCUGGCAGCAGCAGCAGCGGCAGCUGUAGCACAAAACCACGACUGCCCAAGGUCUCGUUCGCACCGCUGGACGUUGGAGGCCCCUCGGCAGCCACGUGAUACGCGAACAUGCCGCAGCACAACAUCGUUUGCGAGUGGCUGCGCACCAUCGGCCUAACGCAAUACGGCGAAAGUUUCCUCGAGAACGGUUACGAUGAGCUGGAGAUAUGCAAACAAAUUGGUGAAAUCGAUCUCGAUGCCAUCGGCGUCGACAAUCCCUCGCAUCGCGGCAAACUGCUGAAGAGUGUGCGCACGUUGCGUGAGAAGGGCGCGGCGAUUGUGUAUGUGCUCAUCAAUGAUCCGAAGGCGAUUAGCAAUAGCAACGAGAUUCUAGCCUCCGACUGUGAUACGCCCGUUACGAUGAAGGAACUGGAGGCGGUCAUGAAGCGGCAUCUCGAGGCCGAUGGCAUUCGGUUGACAGCGCAUCCCUAUUCGACGCCGGAGGGAAAACGCGGCUAUCUAGAAGGACUUGCAGCGCACUACAGCAAACAGAUCAAUAUGCCGUAUGAGGAUGUGUUGGAUGCCAUCGAGCAGGUGCGUCUGUCCAAGUGGAAGGAGCGACAUGUUCGCAUCUCCACAGGACACACGCUCACCCGGCGUGGCGGCGUCUCAUCGAGUGGAGCGAGCAGCAGCGGCUGCAGCAGCGGGGGAAGUCGACUCGUUGGCUCCUCGGUGCUGCCGACGAGCCACAGUCAGCCACUUUAUGUGCCUGGCAAGUAUUUGCCAUCGAGUUGCCUGUCAAAUCGCGAGGAGAACGAGAUCUAUAGCUACACACAGAACGAUUUGGCCAAUCGGAUGGCCCGCAAUGCCAUCGACUCGAAGUCGGCGCUCAAUUUGAAUGGCAUGCAACACAGUUAUCCCGGCGCGCGCACCAAUUUCUUUUACGAUUUUUCGGCAACAGAAGGCCGCAACAAACACAAGCAACGACGCACGGUCUUUGCACGCUUUCUGCAGGGACUGAGGCAGAGUGGAGACGAGCUCAACGCCACCGAGGGAAUGCAAUUAAAGACCAACGAACGCUUGAGAAGCUGCGGCACCAUGAAGCGACCGGAACCACCACAGGACUUUGAGAAGACCAUACAGCGACUAAAGACGCAGAAGGCGGCCCAAAAGAAGGCGGCAAGUGCGCCGCGGGACAUUGCGUUGCACGAACGGAACAAGGAGGUGGCACACAGUCUGGCCAAUGAGAUGCCAUUGAACAAUUAUACAAAGCAUCCCUAGGACACGGCCAUCAGCAUAGAUGCUGCAUAAGAUUUACACAUUUAACAUUUAAGCAUCAAGUGGGAUUUAAAUUAGUUGGGAUCAGGUGAUAGACACACACACACACUUUAAGAGAACAAACAAAACAGAGAGAGCUAUACGUGUUUAAGCAAUAAUCGAGCAGUGUAAUAUGGUGAUAUUGAACAGUGUAAGAUUUAGUUAAACAACAGAGAUUAACAAGUAUAAAAGACAAGUACAGAAAAGUGAAGUAAAGUAAAAAAGUAAAUUAAAUUAAAGUAAAGUAAAGUGAAAAGAAGCAAAUGAAAAUUAAGUAAAUGAAUUUAAAGUAAAGAGAAGAAACACAUAAUAAAGUAUAGUAAAGUUAAGUAUAAUAAAGUAAUGUAAUGAAUAAUAAAUUAACGUAAAGUAAACUGAAGUAAAGUAAAGUAAAGACAGGCUCAACAGCUACAGCAAGCAUCUAUAUCUAUACUCGUAUAACAUCGUUGAUCAAAAACUUAUAUUUUUAUUUCAUUCAUUCAAUCCAUUUUCAAAUCAAUCAAAACUUCUCCAAAAUUCACACAAAGAUACACACACACACACAUACUGGAAACCAAACUCAAUGCGAUUGGCCAAUUCGCCCAAAAUUCAGCUUCAAUUAUUUAGACAUCGCAAUAACAAGCGGCAAGUGCAUUAGAAACUCUCUGCAAGGAAUGUUGACAGAACGCGAAAUUCCAACAAGCUUAACGCUGAAUCAACACGAGCACAAACACACCCGAUUAUACAUACACAUACACAGACACACACACACACACACACAUACAUAGAUAUACAGAGAGAGCAGAGCACUCAAAAUGGCGCAAAGUUGCAGCAACCGCAGACGCUGCACAGACAAUCUGGCAAAAUGCAGCAGCAAUGGGUGAGGUUUGGUUCGCCAGGGUUUUCGACAUUUCGAGUGCAUCGAUUUUGGUCUUUGGUUUUUCAUGCAGGCUGCAAGGAAGCGGCGGGGGAGAGAGGAGGAGGAGAGUAGGAGGUUCAAAUGCUGCCGUUGGCUUUUUUGCAUUUUAAUUGCAUGUCGCGCAGAAAAGUAUGCAACGAAGUUGACACUGGUCCAGCUGAAGCAAAAUCCAUCUCUCUGUCUCCUCCACCUCUUCUCUUCCUCCUCCUUCUCUGUCUGUUUUUGUGCGCCAGCAAAUGCGAUUUGCAUUUUGCAGCAUUGGAAAAUUCGCUUCUAAUUUUGUUUGCUUUUUGGCCAAAAGGCACAAAAAUACUCGAUAAAUGCACUCGCGGUUGUCUUUGGCGCGUCUCACCUCACUCACACUCCACUCCACGAAAAACAUUUUGGUCCGACUGCAUUUAUUAUUAAAUGUCUGCGGCGCCUUAUGGAGCUGCCAAAAUUGAAACAUUUAGCGGAUACGUGAGUGCGAAACAGCAAACUCUCAACUAAGGCUAUUAAAUGGCGGAAUGCGUGUUGCUGCCAUUGCCAAAGCUAUUUCCGUUUCCGCAUCAGGUUAUUUUUUUUUUGUAGUUGGGUUUGGCUGCUCUGGUCGUGAUUAGCCAAAGUACUUUGUUGGCAGCGACAGAAUGAAAGCGUGUUGUUGUGUUCUGCCAAUCGAAUUCGCCUGAAUACCGUUCAACAAUUCCCAAUUUAGCCGAUCUGCAGCAGCAGCAGCAGCUGAAUGCAUUUCAUUUACAAAUGAAAUUUAGCGUAAAGUGAUGUCUAUAACGUGCUCAAUUAUCCUGGAUUUAAGUUUGAUUGCAAAAAUUUUAUGUUUUACGCCGCUUUUCAUUUGUGUUAACAUGCAAUUAAGCUUUUGCUUUUGCCUCCUUCUUUUUUUUGUGCCAUCGUUUUUCAACGUUUUUAUCAUCAUCGUUUCAUUUCAAUUUAAUUAAAUGCAAUGAAAACUCAUUCGUAAAAUCAACCAGCCAUAGUGAAAUAGUAUAGAGACAAACAAAAUGCAAACAGUGAAAAAAAGGUGAAAUUAAAUAUAGGCAAUAUAGGCAGUCAUGUGUAAAAUUGUGCGCCGGCUUAAUACAAUACAUACAAAAACAUACUCGUAAACACACGCAGUACAUACAUACAUACAUACAUAAUUGUUUAACUACAUAUAUAAUUGAAAGAAAAUACAAUAUAUGCCAAUUUACAGAAAGUCAGACAGACAGACAGCAGCAUUAUUACAAUAAUAGCAAUAAAAUUGAAGCACAUUUUAACAAACUAGAAAUCUAAAUGUACUAUAGCAUUCUGAAGUUAUGCGGGGCUUGUUUAUAAUUUCUAAAUAGCACAUAAUCUAAGUGUGUUCGACCAGCAGAUACCCUGUACACUCUCACGGGCGUAAUUCCAAAUUCUAAUUCAAGACAGUUUUCACAGUCUUUCUACAGGGUAUUAAACAAAAAUUUAAAUACUUGUACAAAACUACAAAAAAACUUUGAAUUUUAAAUAUCUAAAAGUUUCGAAGAAUUUUACUUUUAAGAAUGGAAUAAAAGAGACAAUUCUUAGCAAUUCUACAAUAAAUUUUAAUAAUAAUAUUUUAAUGUUACGUUUAGCAUAGUAAAAACAAUCUGUCAUUUAUUUAAAUGAAAGGUGAAACAAUGAAAAUAAAUUUAAGUGCCGUAUGUUAAAUGAAUUGUUCAUAAUUAUAAGCGGAAGGAAAGCAGAAAGAGCAUAAAGUUAAACAUAAGUUAAUUGAUAUGCAUAUUUAUUGACAUAUUUACGAUUAGUUCAUAGUUACAGCAAAUUGAAGCCACAUCGAAUACCAGUUGAAUUAUAUUUGUAAUUAUGAAAAUUGCAAACAUAAAUUGCUCAAGCAAAUGACUGAAUUCACAUGGCCAACUGCACAACAAUUGGCCAACACAAAAAAAAAAGAAAAACAAAUAAAAUAGCUCUGAAAGAGCCCCCCCACAAAAAUAUUACGAGUUCAUAAACGAAAAAUAGAAUGCCGAUGAGAGAAAUGUGAAUUUCCCAAAAAGGCUAUCAAAGUGUGUUCAGCAAUUUAACAAAAGAUCGAUACGGCAAACAUAACGAGAAUGCAUGCGAAUGUAUUUAUUGGUUAGACAUAAAUAUUGAUGAGAUAUGAAAUAUUUAUAUUUACAAUUAAAAGUACGAGUUCUAGUGCAAAAAUGUAUACAAACCAAACAAAACGAAAAACAUAUUUCAAUUUACAUUUUUAAGUGUUUAAGCAAAAUCCCCCCGAAAUGCAUUUCAAAUGCGUGGAUCCAAAAAAAAAGGAAAUCAAAAUGCAAAAAAAAAACGAAUAACAAAUCACAAUUCAUGAAUGUAGGCGAACAAAUCAGAAUGC